AUGUCUGCUGAGGGCAGCGUGGCCCAGGAAGCCGAGCAUGCCGGGAUAUCCCGCAUGCCCAUGUCUCCGGCCCGGCCAGUGGACAUCCAGGCGGUCCGACCCCGUCGGUGGCGGGAGCCUAACUCCGACUGGCGCACGGUGGUCCGCCCGCCCACCAAGCCGAGCGGAGACUCCCCGUACAUCGCUCCCGACCUCAGCGGGCUCAAGAUUUCAGCCGACGUCGAAAACUCUACUAACAACAACAACAACAACAACAACGCUUUUCGCAUCGACGUUAGUCUGUUGCGACAGAAGCAGGGGGAUUCAACACCGGAGCAAAGCGUGUUUAGCGCUUCUACCGACGUCGUUUGUUCCAGUACCAACGAAAAAACAACCUCUCCACGUCUCAGCAUUAGCGAGUGGUCCAUUUCGUCUACACCGGCAGCUCCAAAGGCCCCGAAGCUAAAACCCCAGCUCGGAAAGAACGACACCCGCGGCCGAGCAGCUCAAGCUAGGCUGAGCACCUCGUCUUCGGCUAUUCCCGUACGGGCGACGUUCCAGUAUCCGUCCGCCCAAGCACCGUCAGGGAACCGAACGGUACAGUACAGGCAUAGAGGGGAAGACCCACCAGGGAACGGAACGGUACAAUACUCGCCUGCAAGUCCUAGAGAGGAGCUCCCACCGCGCCCUAGAACAAGAAGAGGUCGUGAUGAAGACAGGAGAUUGUCACUGGAGACUUCAGAACAGCCAAACGGCGUUGCAGUUACAGAAAACAGCGACACCGUGGUACACCCUCCUCCCGGUGCCAGUCGGCCGAGGUUCAGACGUCCGCGAACCAUGUACCGUGUCGCCGCCUGCCAGGACAUGUCCGUCUACAUCAAGAUGGCCGCAGAAGAGCGCAAGUCGUCGACAACUGAAACAGCAACAACGACAGAAGCAAGAAGGGAGCUGUCAGGAACCUCUGAUACGUCUACGGGAUAUGCAGAAGUACUUAAAAUUGCGCACGGAGAAACCCAGAGCAGGCUUGCGUCAGAUUCAGAAAGCACGCCAGGAUACUCCAGGGUCCUUUUUUCCGAAAUCCCACCGAAGUCUGAAAACGGGGUAGAAGAAAACGUCCAGAUGGUAGAAACUGACCCAACACUGCAGCUAGAAGACGACAAAGACAGCGAGACGAACCCUUAUAAGUACAGGAAUGUGACCGGAUCCGAAAGCGAGCAAACUUUGCUGUUAGAACACGACAGAAGCGUCGAAACGAACCCGUACGAAUAUCGGAACGUGGCCGGGUUCGAUCCGGACGAAUACAUCCUCGAUCUGUUCGACCAAGGAAGGAUAACUGCCGUACAGAAGCGCCACGCCUACAGCAGUGGUGUGGAGUUUCCGGAUUCGGCCUACCACAUCGAGCAAAUGUUUGGGAUUCACGGAGAGCAAAACGCUCUCUUCUUGGACAACAACUUACCGGUUUCUACAGCCAGACAGCCGUCGUAUUCCUUCGACGACCACGCCAGAGAUCUAGACUUACUCGUAGGCGCUGGAAACGCUCACAAUACUAUGGAUGACAUCAUCUACUCUUACGAGCAUGGUGGUUUGGGGAAUGGAGGGACGUCGGGGCACCGUAGCGUCAGAGAUGACGACAGAGCUUGGUCCAAGCUUCUGGUCGACUUGACUGAAGUGGAAGGUCUUCUUGAGUCCAGCGAUCCUCCGAAUGUUCGUGGCCGACGACAGGGAACUCAAGCUUCCUCAAGCGGAAGAAAGAAGCAAAAGAAAGGGAAGAAGAAAGGAUCCACAAAGAAAACAGCGAACGGCACACCGGAGAGAAGAAAAUCAGCAACGGAACUGUCCUCCAGGGUGCUUGAUUCAAGGGGGACUACUCUUGCGUCUCCAGGUUUGAACGAGUUGAAGCUAACGCCCCCUGGCGAGACCAAGCUGACAGCCAUGUACUCGGAAACUCCAGAGGCGCGGCGUUACCGCGAGGUCCAAGGCGUCAACAGGUAUGUCACCAUGAUGGACAACAGAAAAUCCAUCCUCGACCAGUUCGGACCGGAUCCGACCGGCAACAACAAGAGGAAGUGUGCUGCCAAGCCUCGCCCAGCCCCGCGACCACACGAUCCAGUCAGCGCACAGUUGGAAGGUACAGAGGAGAUGUACCAUGCCGAUAUGCCGUCGACAGGAGGGACCCCCAUGACGGAAAACACCCAGAACGCCAUCGCGUUCCUGUACGGAGACAAGGAAACCUUCGAACGGCGGCCUUCCGGGUUCUUCACUAACGCAGCGAUGGAUGCUGAACUUGGAGAACUAAGGCGUGACCUUGGUGAUGACUGGGCGUCGGACUUUAUGGAUUGACAUACAACGUAUACUCAUCUCGUACACAGCGUUGUGUGUGGAUCAUAACUUUUUUUCUUGGUACUGUGCUACUCCCAGCAUACACAUCUUUGUGCUUGGACUUUAAUGGCAUGAUAUAUACUAAACUCAUACCCAGUGUUUUGUGUGGGUAUGAGCAUCACAAUAAAUUUUCUUUGUACUGUACAACUCUCAAAGUCAAGAUAUUACACAUCUUAUCUUGUUAAGUAAGUUCAGCUUGUAAGGAGUAUUUGAUGUGUUAUGUGUCAUAAAAUGGAGUUUGUGUAAGGCUAGUGGUGUAAGGCUAAAAUGGCACCUUAUUGAGCCUUAUAAGAGGAAUGUCAAGAACUCAUAUGCCUGCUCUAUUUCAUUGUGUGAAGUGAAACUAUGCACUAUACACAGUCAAGUACUUGACCAUUCAGUAUCUGUAUCUGUAUAGCCAGUAUAACAACCCUUCGGUGUAGCACACCAGCUACAAAGACACGCGGUGCGGCAGCAGCUGGCUACAUUACA